CGAGGCAGGGCGAGGCAGCCGCGCAGGCAUGCAGGCAGGAUUUCAAAUCCUCUAUGCUUAUUGCUGACAUUCAAAUCAAAUCACAGAUCGGCUGGCUACCUCUUGGAUUUGUAAAAGAGAUCUUUGUUGAUUUGUUUUUCCUGCUAUUGAAAACUAUAUAUAUACUUGGUAGUACUAACAGACCAUGUUUCCAUGAUCCAAUCUUGGUUGAGAAUCUGGCAGCGACAGGGAAGCUGGAGCAGCAGCCCCUCGCAACAUCCUCAUUCAAUCUUGCCUUCCUCCCUCCCUCCCCCUUCCCCUCCUCCUCCUCCUCAUCCUCUCCCUCCUCCGCAAGGACCUUCUCAUGGAUGUACCUUCCUCAUCACGCUAAGGCAACAUUUAGCUCGAAUCUUUGGAAGAGCCCAUCAAGAGACAGCUCCAAUUUCCCUCUUGGUCUCCUUGGAAACGAGUCGGAGUGGCAAAUGAGGCUUUUGUUGCUCAGCGCUGUGCACGCAAUGAGCCUGCGUGUGCUCUUUGCUGUGCUCGGAUUGUGGUAAGUGUGCACCGACAACGUGCUAGGCUAAGCCCGCCGUGGGAACAUUGAUUGUCAAGGUUAGAAAAUCCACAGCGCUGCAUCUUGCUGUCUGCAAUUACAGUGCAGGCACGAGAAGCGUGACAGAGUAAGUCCAUGAUUGGGACUCAUUUGGUUGUUAAAGCCAAGGGUUGGCUUGGGUUUUUCCCCCCCCCCUUCAUUUCUCUGUAUCGUUGUGCAUCAUUACCGCUAUGGCGCAAGUAAAAUGUCAUACGGUGGCAGUCUUCAGGAUGACUAGAAAAGCACCUAAGGGAAGCAGGCUCCUACAUCAUGACAAUGCAAGAUAUUGAAGUUGCAGCGCUUUGAAAUCAACACGUCGUACAGAUUUGGAUUGAGAUCUUUUCAUUUCUCGCAGCGUGGCCCUUCAGCCCGGCAAACAAGAGGAGGAGGAUUAUGAGGACGUCGCCAUCAAUAAGACCUGGGUCCUAUCGCCAAAGGUCUAUGAAAGCGAUGUGACCAUGAUACUUAAUAAACUUCUGCAAGGCUAUGACAACAAACUACGACCUGACAUUGGGGUGAGGCCGACGGUGAUCGAGACAGCCGUAUACGUCAACAGCAUUGGACCAGUCGACCCCAUCAACAUGGAAUACACCAUCGACAUCUUUUUUGCUCAGACGUGGUAUGACGGCAGACUCAAGUUCAACAGUUCAAUGAAGCUCCUUAUGCUCAACAGUAACAUGGUAGGCAAAAUCUGGAUUCCCGACACAUUCUUCAGAAAUUCCAGGAAAUCCGACGCCCACUGGAUCACCACGCCAAACCGCCUGCUGAGGCUGUGGGGCAAUGGCAGAGUGAUGUACACGCUCAGGUUGACUAUUAAUGCAGAGUGUUACCUUAAGCUGCAUAACUUUCCAAUGGAUGAGCACUCGUGUCCGCUGGAGUUUUCAAGCUACGGUUACCCCCGGACGGAGAUUUUAUACCGGUGGCAAAGACGAGCGGUGGAGGUGGCUGACCAGCGGUACUGGAGACUUUACCAGUUUGCAUUUGUCGGAAUGAGAAAUACUUCUGACGUGGCGCACACCCAGUCGGGGGAAUAUGUCAUCAUGACCAUCUUUUUUGACCUGAGUCGGAGAAUGGGUUACUUCACCAUCCAGACGUACAUUCCGUGUAGCAUGAUAGUGGUCCUGUCCUGGGUCUCUUUCUGGAUUAACAAGGAUGCUGUCCCAGCUCGUACAUCUUUAGGAAUCACCACCGUGCUUACCAUGACCACCCUUAGCACCAUCUCCAGAAAGUCUUUGCCCAAGGUGUCAUAUGUGACAGCCAUGGACCUGUUUGUCUCCGUCUGCUUCAUCUUCACCUUUGCCGCUCUGAUGGAAUAUGGAACACUGCAUUACUUCACCAGCAACAGACAGACCAAAAAGUCCAAAGCCAAAAACAACGCACACCAGAAGCCACCGAGUCUGGUCAAUAUCCGUCCCGGAGCGUCCUUGCUGCAAAUGAACAACAUCAUGCACUAUCACGACGACCAGGACGACUUUGCCUAUGAAUGUUUGGACGGAAAAGACUGCGCCACUUUCUUCUGCUGCUUUGAUGACUGUCGCUCAGGUGCCUGGCGAGAAAACAGGAUGCACGUGCGAAUUGGCUCUGCUUUCUUCUGGCUAUUUCCUCCAUCAUGGCUAAUGAAAACAAGAAUGGCUCAUACACACCGUGAAAGGCUGUCUGUUUUUCCUCUACAUCAGAAUAUGGACUUUUGGGGGGGAGGAAGGACAUUUGCAUAUGAAGGGACCCUUCAUCUCAUCACAAAUGUCAUUCCAUAUGUAUGUACGUAUGUGUUUAUACAGCUGAAGCUCCGUUCUACGCGAUUUAUGGACUAUAUCAUAUUUUCAAUGCACGAUAAAGACCGUACAAAGCCAACUGACUAGCACGUCAACUUUAGCACCGGUGAUUGGAGGAUUCCCAAAUUCCGCAUACAAUCGAGCUUUAGCUGUACACUGAUCAUCCCUCGUUUUUCGCAGGAAAUAUGUUCCAGAAGCACUGGUGAAAAACGACCACCUAAAUAAAUGAUUUCGACAUGUAAA